AUGACCCUCUUCUUCGCCGCCUGCGAGAACUACGGUCUGGUCAUCAACACGCAGAAGAAGCUGGUCAUGCAUCAACCGCCACCCGACACAGUCAGUCCUCCCAACGCGCCGCCGCCGCAAAUCAGCGUGAACGGAACCCAACUGCAAGUGGUGGACAACUUCCAGGAUCUCGGUAUUUCCCUCUCCCGCAGCACUAGAAUCGAUGGCAAAGUCGUCCGCAGGAUUUCAAAGCCAGUCAGCCCUUCGGUCGCCUUCAAACACAGUUUGGAAUCGUCAUGGUCUCAAGCUCUGCACGAAGCUGAAUAUGUACGUGGUCGUCUUCCUGCAGACGCAGCUGUACGGAGUGGAGACCUGGAAGGUGUACACGAUGUAGACACGCCGACUCGACCAUUUCCAAGUCAGUUGUCUUCGUCGCAUCCUGAGACUGAGGUGGCAGGAUCGAAUCCCCGACACGGAUGUACUGGAACGGACGGGAGUCGGUUAGAUGGUAGUUGGUAGCCCUCCCGGUACCGAAAAUUCCCAGCUACCUGACUUACAGGACCGAUGGUAAUAGGGGCUAUACGGGUGGGGCACAUGAGUGGAGGCGUAAAUGGCGCUUGUAGGGAAUGCCUGCAAUGGACGAUCUUGAUAAAUUCGAAACCGAAUUUAAAUAAGGUGAAAAAUGCGAGGAAGGUGAACACUUCGGAUCUGACGGGCGUAUGAGACGCCUUGUUGUUUUAGUCUGAACCCAUGAUAUAGUAAGUGCGCGAUGUUGUAGGUGAAGUGCGCCCAGUUCAAACCCAGCAUUGUCGAAGCGUCCGGGGGGUGUCGUAGUGUCUUAAACUGGAAGUGCAGGAAAGGAUCGCUAACUGGCCAUGGCGGUGUUUACAAGGCGUCACAGUUUUCAGCCAAACCCCUGCGACCAAAUACAUCCGUAAAGGCGGGGGGGAGGGCAAAACUCUGUCAAUACGACUGAUGCAGUGGAUGGAGUAUCGGUAGACACCCUAACUGAGCGUCGGUUGUCCUUACGUACACGAUCGCACCGAACUCUACGGGAGGUCUGGAGUAAAAAGACCCAAGGAUGCAGGCAAACCGACGAAACGGAGACCCGCGCCAAUCCGCCUAGGAUAGUACCUAUGCAAUUAAUCUGAUGCAGUUAAAACUGUGCGCACAUGCAAUUAGAAGCAUAGUGGGAAGCAUGUUGAAUCAUAAUCCGUUUAGGAUAAAUCUUUCACCUUUUACUAAAGAUUUCCGUGUGGGGGUGCAAUACAGUGAGUCUAUAUAGACAUUUUUGCAGCGCCUCGUUCUCGGGGCGGUUAAAGUGAAGAAGAAAGUCAUCCUGACAGGGCCUCUGCGCGUGCACCCCCCAGACAUAAUAAGAACUUUAUCACAGAUACCGAAAUCGAGCCAGUAGGUACAAUUGUAGAAUCAGUGAGCAGGGCUACCAACUACCAUCCUGCCCGGGAGUCCUGAGCAUUGUAGCGGACAGCCAUAGUGGCUACGUCGCGCCUCUCGCUAGCGCCUGCACCUAAGUCCUAGCGACAGCCUGCUAUGGCACGCACGUCUGCCCGCCUUCGAUUUGACUUGUUGCAAUUCACUGUCUGCACCACGCAUCUGGUCGAUACUCUGCCUGCACCAUGCGAGGCUUCUCAUUACCCUCGAGCGGGCUUGGAGCCAAUUAACGCACCUACUAUCGCUGAUUGGUAAGACAGGCGGAAACAGCCCAGAACACUAGCGUAAACAAUUUGUCACGACACUUUUGCAGCGGUGACCUUCGGCGACACAGGGCUCGUCGCCCUCGCGGACGCCGCUUCCGCGGCGCCGGACGCAUCCUCGUCCGGUUGCCAACUUUCCCCUUCACUAUUCUGUACAGAAUAAAGUGUCCUAACCAAAUGGCGUCCUGUUUCUAACAACUUGGGAUAUGGCCUGAAGUUGUGGCGUAUUGAGCGUACACCAUCACCGCUUAGCCGCUACAGCAUCUACACUAUGCUGAUACAAAUGCACGAAAAUCACAUCUGCGCUCACCUCGCCAUGCCAGCACACGAACGUCCACAACGUGUCCACAGUAUCAACGGACAUUACGGGAACGAAUUGGACUUGUUGGACACCUCCGUAUCAUCUGCGCCACUCGGACCACACCAAUCGUCCUCCCUUUGUCCGCAUUUUGCUCGUCCUCUUCGUCGCAAACUAACGUUGACCGCUCUUCUGAACCACCACUGCCAUCCUCCUCCUCCUCCCAAUCAUCCUCCUCCUGCUUCUUCACUUUAUCCUCCACCUCCAUCUACUGCUCCUCUUCCUCAUCCUCUUCCCCCGCUGCCCCAGCACCUGCCGUCUUGUCGCCUGCCACGCUCGUCAACACUACACAAAAUCCUGACACAUCUUCAAACAUCAACAUCACCACCGCCGGCAUCAGUGGUGAGGACCGUGAUUACACCUGCCCUCACUGCUUCCGCACCUUCAUCGCACACAUCGGCCUGAUCGGUCACUUGCGAAUCCAUCGCACAGAGACUGACGAACCAGUGCCUGGAGCACCAACAAACACCCACCGCACACGCCUCCACUUUCUUCACUUCCCUCGCACUUUCAAGCACCGCAUGGGUCUGUUCGGCCACAUGCGCAUCCACGAGAGCGGAAUUGACUGCAAUCCGGAAAUACCCACCACAUCCAACACACAAAACAUGCCCAGCCCCACCCCUACUCCUUCCUACUGGAGGCCAGUCAACAUUACCGUCACCAUCUCCGCAACUGAAACUGACCUCUCAUACCCAUUCUCUCCACGCACCUUCGCCUCACACAUAGGCCUGGUCGGUCAAUUGCAAAUUAAUCACUCAAAGACUAAUAAACCACUGCCUGAAGUAACAAACUGCACUCGCCUCAACCGCUCUCACUCUCCACACUGCCUUUGCACAUUCAUGCACCGCAUGGGUCUGUUCGGCCACAUGCGGAUUCGUGAAAACCCGCGGUAG